UGUUUAAAUUUCAAAAUGACACUGUUAUUGAGAUUGAACCUUCUUCCUACACGAUAUUUCGCAACAAACCCUAGCAAAACCACUGGCCUUCUCCUUUCGAAUCCGAUGUCUUGGUCCUGCAAGAAAUGCACUUUCAUCAACUCCCAAUCUCAGAAACCCACAUGUAGAAUCUGCUUAUCGCCCCCAUCUCCUCCUUCUUCCUCUCCUUCAUCAUCUUCAGCCCCAAAAUGGUCCUGCAAGGCCUGCACUUUCUCGAACCCAUACAGGAACUCCAACUGUGAAAUGUGCAACACCAGGGCCCCCGUGUCUUCUCUUUCGUGUCUAGAUGAUUUAAAAGAUACGAGUCUUGAUGGGGAAUUGGAUUCCUCUGUUGGGUCUGUUUUCUUGCCCUUGCGACGUUGCAAGGGGAAAACGAAGAACCCAGAUACGGAAAACGGGGAUUGUGUUGAAGUCGGUAAGUUCCGUGGAGUGAAGGCGUCCAAUGAGGACGUGAAUGUGAAGAUUUUGGAUGAUGAUGGUUGUUUUGAAUCAGGAAAAAAGGGAGGAGUCGAAACAUCGAGUAAGGCAGAGGCAGUCAUGGUAAAUGAGAGUCCUGCUACUGGAUCAGAGUUGAAAAUUUUGAGCUAUAAUGUUUGGUUUCGUGAAGAUUUGGAGAUGUAUAAGAGGAUGAAGGCACUAGGUGAACUUAUUCAACUGCAUUCACCAGAUGUCAUCUGUUUUCAGGAGGUCACUCCAAAUAUAUUUGACAUAUUUCAGCAGUCUAGCUGGUGGAAGGAAUAUCAUUGUUCUAUUUCAAAAGAGAUGGCAUGUUCAAGACCCUAUUUUUGCAUGCAGUUAAGCAAACUCCCGGUCAAAUCUUUCAGCCGUACAGCCUUCAGCAAUUCGAUAAUGGGAAGAGAACUUUGUGUUGUGGAGGUUGAAGUUCAGGGGCACAAGCCAUUGGUUGUCGCUACUAGCCAUCUUGAAAGUCCAUGCCCUGCCCCUCCAAAAUGGGAUCAGAUGUACAGCAAAGAGCGUGUAGAGCAGGCAAAUACAGCUGUUGACAUUCUGAAGAAGAAUCCAAAUGUGAUAUUUGGCGGUGAUAUGAACUGGGAUGACAAGUUGGAUGGUCAGUUUCCUUUACUUGAUGGAUGGGUUGAUGCCUGGGUAGCACGAAGGCCAGGAGAAAAUGGAUGGACUUAUGAUACCAAGACCAACCAAAUGUUGUCAGGUAACCGUACACUGCAGAAGCGGCUAGAUCGAUUUGUAUGCAAUCUACGUGAUUUUAGGAUAAACAGAAUUGACAUGAUUGGGUUGGAAGCAAUACCAGGUCUAUCAUACUUCAAAGAAAAGAAAGUGAAGAAAGAGGUGAAGAAAUUGGAGCUUCCUGUUCUUCCCAGUGAUCAUUAUGGCUUGCUUUUGACAAUCUUCCACAGGUGAAUGUGUCGGAUGAUAAGGCGAUACAAUUUUGCUUUUAUGUGCAUUGCUGCAGGACAGAAGAUGAAAUUUUGUGAAGGUUUUUGGACAUCUUGAGCAGCAUCGUCCCUAAAUUUUAGUGAACAUGGUGAAUGUGUCUGUUGAUAAAGACAGAUAUAAUUUUUGCUUUUAUGUGCAUUGCUGCAGGACAGAAGAUGAAAUUUUGUGAAGGUUUUUGGACAUCCUGAGCAGCAUUGUACCUAAAUUUUAGUGAAUUUUGGGAUGGAGAUCAUGUAUGUUUCAGAUUUUACUACUUGUUACAGGCUCACAGCAAUAUUACUCGAGCAACGUUGUUCAGUUUUAAAGAUUGCCACUAUUUCUGUUA